AUGUACUCAGGUGUGGAUAAUGCAUUCGGUCGAUGGAUCAAACUCAAAAAGGACUACAUUCCUGGCCUCGGGGAUACAGUUGACCUUGCCUUGCUCGGUGCAAGCUACGACUCGCGAGAUGCUGCUGCUUUAAAACACCAUGGGAAAUUGCAGUGGACACAUUUCUUUGUCGGUUGUCUUCUCAACAAAGAAGAGGCCCUACAGUCAAGGGAGCUUCCUCGUUUCAAAGUUGUCGACGUGAUCAACCGGCACUGCAUGCACAUCCGCACCAUGAAAAUUUUGAAUGAAUAUGGCAAGUUCUAUGCCUGCAACCCUGACUCUUGCCAAACUUUCAAUUUCGAAUACGGUCACGAAAGUCUCCCAGCUAUUUCAACUCUUUUCAAGAAGCCCUUCGUCGUGGAGAUGAUGGGCGGUGGAUUCGAAAAACCUUCUAGUGCUCGGUAUUUUACCCUCCGGUUUCCGCGUGUUCUCAAAGUCCAUAUGGAUAGAAAGUUUGAGGAUGCAGCAUCAUUUCGAGAACUGCAACUUGCAGCAGAGAGUGCCCGUGCUGUACCUGCCGAAGACCUGUCACAGGAGCGAGAGGAGUGGUCGAAGCGUUUAAAAGUCAGCAGUGGGCUCAAUCAAUACAUCGUGAGGAGAUCAAGGAGCCUUUCUUCUGCGAGUUCUUCGAGCGAAUUGCGGGCAUAUUCUCCCACGCCGUCUAAGUCCUCUGACGUAUCGAAUGAUGCCGACGAAUUCGACUCGCUUCCAAGGACGGAGGCUGAAGCAACGAAAGACGAAGGGUGUUUGCGUGUCUCCGAUGAGAACACUGCUUUCCCAGUAGUAUCUAUUGAAGAGACUAUUUUACCGACCCUUCCUGAUACCUCUGGCAGCGACCAUAUCCUGACUGAAAAUUCAAAUUUGUCAAUGCGCCAAAAGCACAGCCAAAAAGAAUCCGAGCCUGGCUCUCAGGCCUCCAAGUUUGGAAGCUGGCGAGCUGACAAGUCAAUGGAGACGCAAUCAUCCAAUCAUUCCAACCUCUCACAAGCAACGAGUCUGGUCUCUGUUCACCAAGCACAACUCGGAGCACACCAUGAUCGUGGAACUGGUAUUGAAAGCACCCAUGCCACCACCCCAGCUCGAAAACUGUCUGUGAAAUCUCCACUGUUCACAGUUCCAGGGUACAUGCCUGACAACCAUUCCGAUUACGUUUCUCUGACGCCGCAAAUGAAUUCCUUCCACGGUGCGCACGCCUGCAACAGCAGUCUCCAUCAAUUCUUCCAGAGCCUGGGAUCUGCGGAGACUCGCUCAUCGCUCCAACGUUCCAACCCCUCUGCUGAGGCACACGACAUGGCAUUCGGUACAGUCCUUUUGAACCCAACCAGUACGCCUUUGGGACAAGAAAUUCACAAAAUUGGUGAAGCUCUAUCUGAUAUACUGCACAGCGGCACCUCAACCCUCCCUUCUAACGGGAGAAUCUUCUUUUUGGAUUCAAGCUUCACCAAUUUGGAUAUAGAUGCUGGGGACCUUCGGUUUUGUCUGCGUGAGACGUGGUUGAAUAUCGCGCGCGAGUAUUACUAUGCUUGUCUGACGUGGGGACCUGAAAGAACAUCUGGCGAGAGAUCAUCGGAUGGGCACGUUUCAGUUGAAUCUUCUCGCUCUCGAUUGAACAGGCACUACUUUAACCCUACAGCCCCGCCGGCGCUGUCAGUCAGCUUUGACAAAGCGGAGAUUGCUGCGUUGGGGGAGUAUGUUUCGAUAGAGCCGCUUGUGCACGUCCUGGAGAAGGAAAAGAGUAUAUACCCCGAGAAUAGUCUUGAAUAA